UGCUUUGUGCAACACCAAUUUCAAACGAAUCUAUCCGUCUUCUUCCUCUUCUUCCACCCCAAACCAAACCCUAGAAAAAACACAACAACACUGAUCCUCUCUUGCUCUCCAUUCCCAUGCAAAUUCUCCCAAACUAGCGUGUUUCUCUCUCAGUCAUGGUCGGAAAAACAAUGUGCAUGGCGGCGACUUCCCGUGAAAAGCUCACGAGUCUCGUGAACGCCGCCAAGCUGGCCAUCGACAUCCCCUCCAAGCUCGAAUCGCUGCGCCAACUCCGCCACGAACUUCCCCCCGAAGACCCCGUCCUCCUCACCGAGUUCCUCCCAUCGCUCUUCCUCUUCCACUCCGAUCGCUUCGGCCCCGUUCGCAAAUUCCUCACCGAGAUGCUUGGGGAGAUUGGAUUGAAGAACACAGAGUUCUUGUCCGACAUUGUGCCUGUGCUGAUUGAUUUAUUGGAUGAUGACACGCCGGCGGUUGUUCGUCAAGCUCUACUGUGCGGAAUUGACUUGUUUCGUGCCACACUUGAGAAAAUUGCGGUUCAGGGUCUAUAUUCUAGUGAUUUAGACGGCGCACUUGAAUCCGCUUGGGCAUGGAUGCUUAAAUUCAAAGACAAAGUAUACUCAAUAGCUUUUCAACAUGGAAGUGGUGGUGCAAAGCUGCUGGCUCUGAAGUUUGUUGAGGCAGUUAUUUGUCUUUACACGCAUGAUCCCAAUGGUUCCUCAGAGCCCACUUCUCAUCAAGGAAGGCCUGUGGAAUUUAAUAUAUCAUGGCUCGGGCGGGGUCAUCCUGUACUUAACAUUGGAGAUUUGUCAAUUGAAGCCAGCCAUCGUUUGGGUCUCUUGCUUGAUCUACUCAGAUUUCCAACUGUGAAGUCUCUUGGUAACUCAGUAAUCAUUGUGCUGAUUAAAAGUCUUUCAGCCAUUGCAAUUGACAGGCCUGCAUUCUAUGGCCGCAUCUUGCCAGUUUUGCUGAGUUUGGAACCUUCCAGCUCUGUUGUUAAUGGGGUCUCUGUAUCAGCUACACAUUUUGCUUUGAAGAAUGCCUUUCUUACUUGCUCGAAAUGUACACAUCCAAGUGCUGCUCCGUGGAGAGAUCGUUUGGCAGGGGCCUUGAAGGAAUUGCAGUCAGAAGGAAAGGCAGAUCAGGUGUUCCACCUAAUCUCUGCUAGCAAUGGAACCAUAGAGAGAGAGAAAGAUGUUCAACCUGUUAUCAAGGAAGAGGAACCUGCAACAAAUUCUGGCGAUUCAGUGCAGAAUACUUUGGCAAGAAAACGAUCAGGAUCACAAAUUGGAGGUGAUUUAUCUGAAGAUGAAGAAACUCCUGGAAAACGUGUCAGGACAACAAUUGUUGCUUUGGAAGAACCUAAGAAGGAGUUAGAUGUAUGUACCACUGCCUACUCUCAGGAUGAGGCUCCUUCAAAAGGAGUUGUGGAUAAUGGGCCUGUACGGCAACUUGUUGCCACAUUUGGUGCUUUGAUUGCUCAAGGUGAAAAAGCUGUUGGACAUUUGGAAAUUCUCAUCUCAAGUAUUUCUGCUGACUUGUUAGCUGAGGUGGUGAUGGCAAAUAUGCAAAACCUACCUACGUAUUACCCUAAUGCUGAAGGAAAUGAUGAACAGCUGCAAGACAUUAGUAUGAUUGGUUCUGAUGACAAGGCUAAAUAUCCAGCAUCAUUUGUUGCUGCUGUUAUGUCACUUUCUAGUACUUUCCCGCCAAUAGCUUCCCUUCUUGAUGCACAUCAAUCAGUGUCCAAAGAGGUAAAGUCACAAGUGGAGGAAGAAAUUGCUGAAACUGCUACAAAUAUUGGUCCUGUGCAUUCUGGCAUGAAUAUUGAGUCUGAAAAUAUACCAUCGCCUCCUGAUUUUCCAUCUUCUGAUGCCAGUAUACCUGGAGUAGAGAAUGGCUGCACAACUGUGCCUCCUGAUCCUGACAUCCAUGAUGUUGGAAACUCAGAGAGUGGAAUCCCUGGCCUGGAUUCUUUUGGUCGUAGUGAUGCUGUGUCACAAACUUUUGCUCCUUCCUUAUUGGUUUCCACUGAAAUAUGCCAAGAAGAUGGCAGUCAAGAGCAAGAUACAAGUUUGGAUCAGAGGUCACCUCUGAACUUAGCUCCAUCAAUAUCAACAGAUAGAUCUGAGGAGCUGAGCCCAAAAGCGGCUGUUAGAGAUGCCAAUAGCUUGGUGUCCUCAACAGCUACUUCAGUUGUGCCUCCCCGAUUAGUCUUGCCAAAGAUGAUUGCUCCUGUUGUUGACCUUGAAGAUGAACAAAAGGAUCGUUUGCAACAGUCAUGUUUUAUGCGUAUUAUUGAUGCAUAUAAGCAAAUAGCUGUAGCUGGAGGCUCCAACGUUCGUUUUUCGAUACUUGCUUAUUUAGGAGUUGAGUUUCCCUUGGAUUUAGACCCAUGGAAACUAUUACAGAAGCAUAUUUUGAUUGAUUACACUGGUCAUGAGGGACAUGAGUUGACAUUGCGUGUCCUCUACAGAUUAUUUGGUGAGGCUGAAGAGGAGCCUGACUUCUUUUCUUCCACAACUGCAGCUUCUGUAUAUGAAAAAUUCCUACUUACAGUGGCAGAAGCACUUAGAGAUUCCUUUCCACCUUCAGAUAAAUCAUUAAGUAAAUUGCUUGGUGAAUCUCCUUAUUUACCAAAAUCAGUUCUGAAAAUUUUAGAAAAUAUGUGUUCUCCUGGAAAUGGGGAUAAAGGUGAAAAGGAGUUGCACUCACUGAAUGCGGAUAGAGUUACUCAAGGUCUAAGUACUGUAUGGAGUUUGAUUCUUCUAAGGCCUCCCAUUCGAGAUACUUGCUUACAAAUUGCUCUACAGAGUGCAGUGCAUCACCUGGAAGAAGUGCGUAUGAAGGCGAUACGUCUGGUGGCAAAUAAGCUUUAUCCUCUGUCAUCCAUUUCUAAGCAAAUAGAAGAUUUUUCAAAGGAAAUGCUUUUCUCCGUGAUGAGUGGCGAUGCAACUGAAGCUACUGAUGUUGAAGGUUCCUUUGCUGAUUCACAAAAGGGACCUGAUGUUGAAAAGGUUCCAAACGAACAAUCAUCAUUGAGUGGCAGUACUAAAGAUGUCCCCUCAGAUAAUCGUCAAUCAUGCACAUCUGAGAGUGUUUCUCCAGAUUCAGUUUCUGAGGCUCAGAGGUGCAUGUCAUUGUAUUUUGCUUUGUGUACAAAGAAACAUUCUCUCUUUCGCCAAAUAUUUGUCAUCUAUAGAAGCACAUCAAAGGCAGUGAAGCAGGCAGUACGUUGCCAAAUUCCAAUACUAGUACGUACUAUGGGCUCAUCUUCAGAUCUACUUGAAAUUAUUUCAGAUCCCCCAAAUGGAAGCGAGAAUCUUCUAAUGCAGGUAUUGCAAACACUUACAGAUGGUACGGUCCCUUCUAAGGAUUUAAUAUGUACCGUGAAAAGGUUGCAUGAUUCAAAACUCAAGGAUGCAGAGGUUCUUAUUCCGAUAUUACCAUUCCUAUCGCAUGAUGAGGUAAUGCCCAUUUUUCCUCACAUUGUGAAUCUUCCUUUGGAGAAGUUCCAAGCAGCACUUGGGCGCAUAUUACAGGGAUCAUCACAAUCUGGUCCAGUGCUUACUCCGGCUGAAGUUUUAAUUGCAAUUCAUGGAAUUGAUCCUGAAAAGGAUGGAAUUCCCUUGAAAAAGGUCACAGACGCAUGCAAUGCUUGCUUUGAGCAGUGGCAAACUUUUACUCAAGAAGUUCUUGCUAGAGUAUUGAAUCAGUUGGUUGAGCAGAUUCCUCCUCCUUUACUGUUCAUGCGUACAGUAUUACAAGCAAUUGGUGCUUUUCCGACACUGGUGGACUUUAUAAUGGGGAUUCUUUCUCGCCUUGUGAUGAAGCAGAUAUGGAAAUACCCAAAGUUAUGGGUGGGAUUCUUGAAGUGUGUGCAGUUGACAAAACCACAGUCAUUUGGCAUUUUGCUUCAGCUGCCUCCAGCACAAUUGGAAAAUACAUUAAAUAGAAUUGCAGCCUUGAAGGCACCAUUGAUUGCGCAUGCAAGCCAGCCAGAUAUACAAUCUAAACUUCCAAGGGCUAUGCUGGUUGUUCUGGGACUUGCUUCCGAUUCUCAGGUUUUAAGUCAAGCACAAACUACUCAGACACAAACUAGUCAGACACAGACUAGUCAAACACAGACUACUCAGACACAAACUAGUCAGACACAAACUAGUCAGACACAGACUGGUGAGACAAGCAAUUCAGACAAGGACACAGCGACAGAAAAAUCUAAAGAAUCAUCUACAGCGAGCUAAACUGUAAGCAACCAUGGAGUGGUGUGAUUUACUAAUCAACUGUCAGUCUCAGGUUGAAUUAGCCUAGACCUAACCUAGACUAACUGCGGUGGGCUCUCUCCAGACAAAGGAAUGAAGAGCCAAUAUUGCUGAAUUUAACAUAUUCAGAUAGCUAAAUAGUUGGGCCAUGUGCUCUUGACCCCUUCUUUGUAACUUUGCAUUAGGCAACAGCCUGGCGUGUAAAUGUAUAGGUGGAAUAAUGUAUAUUGGAAUGAAAUAUGUUCCUAUUUUGGCCCCAAAUUUUGUUUUUCUGCUAGAACUUACUGUGUUCCUAUUAAAAUGUGUAUAUAUACAUGUUUAUUCCCCCCAGUGGAUAUCUUUCUUGCGUUAGUUUUGACUCAUCUUGUAUCUCUGGUUAAGACAAGGAUCAGUUCAGAGGAGUAAUUUUGCCCAUA